AGUUUGAGCAAAACCCUCAAAUAAUAAUUAAAAGGGUAGUUCUGGUUCGUUAAUAUCUAAAAUGAAAAUGGUGUUUUUGGGUUUUGUUUGAUUUUUUUUUUUAGUUGUUACAGCAGUUACAGUUGUUUCAACAUUCCCCUUCAUUCAAGGAAUUUUCUCUCACCUCAAAAUAAGAUAAAAGUUGUUUGGUUCUCAUAUUUUUUAAAAUAGAAGUGGGAUCAUGCUGACCCACUUCCAUUUAGUCCCAAAAUGAGCAACAGUCUUGGCCAAAUAAUUGGUUUUUCUUUUCCUGCAGAGCAAUUAUAAAGAGUGGUCUUGGCAGUAGCAUAUCAGAAGUUUUCACCUAUUAUACAUAUAUGUAUAUUUUCCAAAAUCUUUUGACACUGCUGAAUUUAGCUAAGGGAAAUGAAUAAAGGGUAAGAGAGAGAGAGAGACGAAAAGAGGUGGCAAGAUUGUUGUGGAAGAAGAAUAAAAACGCCAUAUCUCCCCACUUUGAAAAAUUGCAAGAACUUGUGCUCUUACCUUGAAAAAGUGGGGAAUGACACAUGAACCAGCAUAUUAAUGCACAACCCCCCACCCAACUCAAGAUCAUACACACAGACAGAAUCUCUCUAUCCUCUCUUUUCUCUCUUCGAUUGACUCUCCACACAGAAACAAAAACAAGCAUAAGUUCUUGGUAAAUGAUACACUUUGUAUGGUUUCAGAAAUGGCAGAGAAUGAAGAUAGAAGUUAUUCUACAAGUCCUGAAAGUUCACCAACUUUAAGGGCACCAAUGGGUAGUCCUCCUAUAAGGAAGGUGUUUGAUAAAAUCCUGACUUUUGCCCCUUCUUUGAGGAGUAAUACACUUCCUCGUGGUAGAAGAAUUUUCCAUAGGGAUGUUGAAGAAGAUGAGUUUCAAUAUGCAAAUACUCAUUGUCUCUCAUCAUACUACAGUGUCUUUGUUGUUCGUUUAGCUAUCAUGGUCAUGCUAGCAAUUUUGAUUGGGCUGCUAACUAUUCUGACAUGGCAUUUCACAAAGAGUUACACAAAAAGGUCACUAGAUACCUUAGCUUCUGGUCUUCGAUAUGAGCUUCUGCAACGUCCCAUACUAAGAAUGUGGAACAUUUUGAAUUCUACUUCUGAAAUAACAACAGCCCAGGUUAAGCUGUCAGAGUAUGUAAUCAAACGGUAUAGCAAUUCAGCUACUCAAGCAGAACAAGUUGAGCUGUAUGAAGUGAUGAAGGAUGUGACAUGGGCAAUGUUUGCGAGUCGCAAAGCUCUCAAUGCCAUAACUAUAACUUACAGAAAUGGCUUUGUUCAGGCUUUCCAUAGAGAUCAUAGGAGUAAUAAUACAUUUUACAUCUACUCUAAUCUUGUCAACUAUUCAAUCAGCGCUGCUGAGCCUUCUGAUGCCAAUAUGUUGUCCUCGCGUCAAGGGUGGAAUGAUCAAUCCAUUCACGGUAACCUUUCAGCAAUUUGGUAUCGUGAACCACUUGAUCCCACAACAGGCAAUAAGAUUGGAAAAGCAAGCGAAAUACAACCAGAUGAUCUGAUCAAUAUUGCUGGCUUUUCACAAGUUCCGGAUGGUGCAGCUUCCUGGCAUGUAGCAGUAAGCAAGUAUACAGAUUCACCAUUACUUUCAGCAGCAUUGCCGGUAUGGGAUGCUUCAAAUAAGAGCAUAGUGGCUGUUGUAGGUGUUACUACUGCACUUUACAGUGUAGGCCAGCUGAUGAAAGAACUUGUUGAAGUCCACAGUGGACACAUAUAUUUGACCUCUCAAGAGGGUUAUUUACUGGCUACUUCAACAAAUGCGCCUCUCUUGAGAAAUUCAUCAAGAGGGCCCAAGCUUAUGAUGGCUGUUGAUUCUGAAGAUGACAUAAUACGAAUGGGAGCUCAAUGGUUAGAAAGUCGCUAUGGAAACAAGUUUCCUCAUGCUGUUCAUGAAGAAAAUGCGGAGCUUGGCAACCAGCAAUAUUACAUUGAUUCUUUUUUCCUAAAUCUAAAGAGACUACCUAUAGUGGGGGUUAUCAUUAUUCCGAGAAGAUAUAUAAUGGGGAAAGUAGAUGAAAGGGCCUUCAAAACAUUGGUUAUACUGAUUUCUGCAUCUGUGUGCAUAUUAGUCAUUGGAUGUGUCUGCAUAUUAAUACUUACGAAUGGGGUAUCAAAGGAAAUGAAGUUGAGAGCAGAGCUGAUAAGCCAUCUUGAUGCCAGAAGAAGGGCAGAGGCAUCAAACAACUACAAAAGUCAAUUUCUAGCAAAUAUGAGUCAUGAAUUGAGGACUCCUAUGGCUGCAGUGAUUGGCUUACUGGAUAUUCUUAUUUCUGAUGAUUGUCUCACAAAUGAACAAUAUGCAACCGUCACUCAAAUUAGAAAAUGCUCUACAGCUCUUCUCCGGCUUCUUAACAAUAUAUUGGAUCUCAGCAAGGUUGAAUCUGGAAAGCUAGUUUUGGAAGAUGCUGAGUUUGACCUAGGACGAGAACUUGAAGGCCUCAUCGACAUGUUCUCUGUGCAGUGCAUUAACCACAAUGUGGAGGCUGUUCUAGAUCUUUCUGAUGAAAUGCCAAAGUUAGUCCGAGGAGACUCUGCAAGAGUUGUGCAAAUAUUUGCAAAUCUCAUAAGCAAUUCCAUCAAGUUCACUACAUCGGGUCAUAUUGUUUUGCGUGGUUGGUGUGAGAACAUAAGUACUUCCAAUGAUACUGCAAAGUCUCCUCUUGAACAGAAGAAACUACGGUGUGCACUUAAAACAAAACUGAGGCAGCAGGGGAACCAUAUGAAGAAGGCCUCUAAGAAAGAGAACAAAGUGAUUCUUUGGUUUGAAGUUGAUGACACAGGCUGUGGAAUUGAUCCAAGCAAAUGGGAAUCUGUAUUUGAAAGCUUUGAGCAAGCUGAUCCCUCAACAACUAGAUUGCAUGGUGGCACCGGUCUUGGGCUCUGCAUAGUUCGGACUUUGGUUAACAAGAUGGGUGGAGAAAUAAAAGUUGUAAAGAAGAACGGGCCGGGAACUCUAAUGCGACUUUACUUACUUCUCCGGACUCCUAGAGAUGGUACAGAACAGCAUUGCCAAAUAGAUUUUGCCAGGCAUAAUGUUGUGGUGCUGCUAGCACUAUAUGGCUCGAUUGGAAGAGGUAUCAUGUCUCAAUGGUUGCGGAAAAAUGGAUUGUCCACUUUAAGAGUGUCUGAAUGGAAUGAGCUGACGCAAGUUCUUCGAGAACUUUUUUAUGUGAGAAGACACAACAAAGGCUUUGAGGCUCAAUGUUCCCUGAAUGAACCAUUAAGAUCAGAAGUUCUGAACAUACAAGACAUCAGGGAUCCUAUAUUUGUUAUAGUUGUAGAUAUAGGAUUGCUCGACUUGAGUACAGAUAUAUGGAAAGAACAACUUAACUUCCUUGACAAGUUCUCUAGCAAAGCCACAUUUGCUUGGAUGCUAAAUCAUGAUACUUCGACUGCCAUAAAGAUGGAGCUUCGUAGGAAGGGUCAUAUAUUGAUGGUUAAUAAACCUCUUUACAAGGCAAAAAUGAUUCAGAUUUUGGAAACUGUCAUAAAGGAACAGCAAAAGAAAAGUUUCGGUGCUGUAAGAUCUUCAUCAAAGGAUGAUGAUAUGCAUGAUUGUCUUGAGAUCGAUUCCACUCAGUUUGACAAUGCCAGUUCCGAAGAUUCUGAUAUGGCUGAAACAGGUAAUUCCAAUAAUGUAAGUUCAUUUCAUCAUGGAUCAAGGAUCACUAAUCCAUCACAGUAUCAGACAUUUAAGAAGUGCUUAGUUGAAUUGACUGAUAUGCGUUCAGAAGAAGACCAAUUCAAGAGAGAAGAAGUGAGUCAAGUCAGGCGUAACUUGCUUGACACAAAAGAUGAAAAAGCUACGUUGGUAUGCAACGAAGAAGCACCCUUUUCAACAGACUCCCGAAGUGAGAGUUCAAAACGCUCGGAACAACGUUUAGAAAGCAGUUGUCUUAAAGGGCAAACAAGCUCAUGCUUAAACAAAUCUGUGAAAGAACAGAAAGCUCUGGAGGGACUACGUAUCCUUCUAGCAGAAGAUACUCCAGUUCUUCAAAGAGUUGCUACCAUCAUGUUAGAAAAAAUGGGUGCUACUGUUAUUGCUGUGGGAGAUGGACUGCAAGCAGUGGAUGCUCUCAAUUGCCGGCUUAGCGGAAGAGAGAGCAGAAGGGAAUCAGUCUUUCAAGAUGAAAACAACACUUCACAGACUGAAAUGCUGGAUCCCCCACCAUAUGACUUGAUUCUGAUGGACUGUCAGAUGCCUAAAAUGGAUGGCUACGAAGCAACGAAAGCAAUUCGAAAAUCAGAAGCAGGAAGUGGAUUACACAUCCCAAUAGUGGCAUUGACAGCCCAUGCAAUGUCAUCUGAUGAAGCAAAGUGCUUGGAGGUGGGCAUGGAUGCUUAUCUAACUAAGCCAAUUGACUACAAGCUGAUGGUAUCCACCAUUCUAUCCCUCACUAAACGAACAGUCUAACUUAUCAAACCAAAACUAACAGAGGAGUCUUUGGAUGUAACAAGUCAGAUGAUUUGCACUCAAAAUAUAUAUAUAUAGCAUGUAACAUAAGUUGUAUAUGCCUUUAAAAAGUAUUACCCAAUUUUGGCUUUUCAA